GUCACGUGCAAGUGCAUGUGACUGUGUUGGUUGGGCAUAAUCAUAAGCCAUCCAUCACAUCGGACACAGAGAGACGAUCAGAGCGCAAAUUCGAAGGAAGGUCAAAGGUUCGCCUUCGCCACCUUCCCACCGCCGUCAUCGCCGCCACCUUUAGAAAGAAACUAUGAAGCGGAAGAGGAAGCGGACAAAUAUAACUGAUCUGAAUGUUGAUGUACUGAAAUGUAUCAUGAGUUUUGUAGCUAAAUCUUCUGAUGGGGCUGGCAGUUUUGCAAGGGCAAUAUCGGUGGCUUGGGACGGUGGACUCUGGUCACCAACGAAGAAAGCAUUACACAUGGUGUUAUUGGUGUCUCUAAUUAGAAUUUGCAAACCAUUCAUGGAGCUUGCUGAGGACACAGACAUCUUGAAAGCUAUAGUUUUUGAAAAGGGUAGCGACUCUGAACAUGAUGAAUCGUUCUGGCAGAUUAAUGGCUUGUUAAACAAAUGUGCACGGGCUGGAAAUAUGUCUGCUAGUCACAUACUUUUAACGUACCUUGAGGAUCGUGUGGAAUCUUCAUGGGAAAGUGUGGAAAUUAUUGAGUCAGUCAAGAAGAACUUCAUCGAGAAAAUGAUGGCUGUUAUGGCUGUAUUUACAAGGGCAAGAUUGAGAGCUGCUACAUUGGCCCGGGAUGAGCUUGUGUGGAUGCUUCAAGAUUUUCUGAUUGAUUCCCAAGAAAUCGGUGAUCUGAUAGUGGGAAUGAAGUCUGCUGUAAUUGUCGAGAAAGGGUGAUCUAGGUGAAAGGAGUUGCAUCACUUGCUAGAGCAGACAGAUAUAAUUGCCAAUGUACUGGAUCGUCGUGUUUUCCCAUCCAUUUUGAUUUGCUUUAUUUCAGCAUUGUAGCAAAGUUUCAUGUCGAUGCAUACACUCUUCCAACUUGUAAGGUUUUUGUUUGAUACUAUCAUUGCUAAUCAAUAUAGGGGUUCUUAUUUGGCUUAUUGCAUUGCCAUUUGCAGUUUAA